GUGACUUUUCUAUAUCAGUGACCGUUGACCGAGUCGUCAACCAACCCCGGUUUCACCUUUUAGUUCCGCCCCCAGCAGUCAGCGAGCAGCGCGGGCCCCGUCACAGUCAGCCGAUAUGGUGAGUUCAGCUCCUGGGAGCAGCAGGUCUCCUGAUAAUGGCAGCCAGAGGAAGAGGCGAGGCCCCGGAUCAUUUGCCACGGCUUACCUGGUCAUUUACAAUGUUGUUAUGACGGCGGGGUGGCUGGUCAUUGCGGUUGGGUUAGUGCGCACGUAUCUCGCCAAGGGGACGUACCACAAUCUCUACUACUCCAUCGAGCGGCCCCUGAAGUUCUUCCAGACGGGAGCACUGCUGGAGAUUGUACAUUGCGCAGCGGGAAUUGUGCCGUCCUCUGUGGUCCUCACGGCCUUUCAGGUUUCGUCCCGCGUUUUCUUGGCUUGGGCCGUCACGCACAGUGUGAGAGAGGUUCAGAAUGAGGACUCCGUCCUGCUGUUUGUCGUCGCCUGGACCAUCACUGAAAUCAUCCGCUACUCGUUUUAUACCUUCAGUCUUCUAAACCAUCUGCCGUACAUCAUCAAGUGGGCGAGGUACUCGCUCUUCAUUGUCCUGUACCCGAUGGGAGUAGUAGGAGAGUUACUGACUAUCUACGCUGCGCUGCCGUAUGUCCAGCAGACCGGCCUGUACUCCAUUAGGCUGCCCAACAAGUACAACUUCUCAUUCGACUACUACACCUUCCUCAUCCUCGUCAUGGUGUCCUACAUCCCCCUUUUCCCGCAGUUAUACUUCCACAUGCUUCACCAGCGCAGGAAAGUUCUUCACGUCGAGCCCAAGAAGUUGGAUUAACCCCUCGUCCACCAUCUUUUCAGUUAUUUUUUUUUGUAAUUUUUUAUAAUUUUUUUUUUUCCCCCAUUCCCAAAACUUUAGAAACCCGACUGCUGCAGCGUUUUGAUCGCCCCCUUUCCUUUGAGAAUAACGGAUGAGGUAAAUGCCGGUGGGCAUGGCGUGUUUCCAUACUAACCCCGCCCACUCCCCAGCAUGCACCAGGAGAGCCGCCUUUUCUAUUACUAAAGCUUGAGUCGGGUGCUGGACUCUGGAGCCGCGGGCCCCUGUGCUGCUGCAUGCACUGCGGACUUACUGCUAGGUGUGGCCAGAUGUUGGGAUGAUGGGGGCGGUAGUGCGGGGGGGGGGGGGCGAACCUUCUAAACCUGUGCUGGAAUCUGCCUCAGGUCAUCCGACGGACCAGGGCUGAGGCCCGCACACCCUAUGUGCCCUGGAUUACCGCGGGGCCCCUGUUCUACCCAUGGGAUAAGCAGAAUAUCCCCGCUCAGUACUGCCAUACCCGAGGAUGGUGCCCUGUGGCCCCCCAGCACCAGGGGGCGCUGUGCCGCCUCGUUGUAAUAUUCUAAUCCUACAGGAAGCUCCCCAGCUAACGGUACAAGCCCGAUACAUUAACCCGUUCCUGACCCUGGUGGUAUGCUUCCCCUGCAUGUGGAGCGGGUCGGGCCCUGUUUACACUCGCCGUCCCGUGCUGCUGUUUGUACUGACGGCGACUUCAGUAAAGGUUUUCUGACGUUUUCA